AUGAAAAUAAACACGCCUGAUCUACUAAGUUACACACCCAUACACAAGCUCAUGGAGGUGGCUAGUGGUGUCAAGAUCCGGCAGAAGGAAGGUUACACGGCAGCAGCAAGGUACCCUUGCGGCGGCUCAUGGCGGUCGAAAGAAAAGAAGCGAUGGAACAACCUCCUCGUGGUUGAACAGGCGAUGGCGGCGGCGGCUAGCUGCACUCAUGACGACGGAUGGCGAGCAGCAGCAGCGAGAUUAGCACCCACAGCGGCGGGGCCAAUGACUGGGAAAGAGUAUCAGCCGCAACAGGAGAACGUCCAACGACAGGGGUGGUCUUCAACGAGAACGGCAGCAGCGCCUCCACGGUGCUUAUACGACCGGCCACCAUGGUUCUUCCCCCUCUAUACGCUACGUCCAGCGAUUUGGCUUCACCGGUUUUCGUCUUCACGACGGCUAGGAGAUUGCGACGGCUAG